UCUUAACUUCCGGUAUGGACGCACGAAAUCUUGAACCCGAAAUUGUGAAAACUAAACGUAUUUCAGAAGAAAUAGAACGUCUUUUAUCAGAACAAAAUAUAUGCAGUGAUUUAGAAAGAGAACUGAAACUGUACAAGUCUGAAGAAUACAUACCGUUUCGUACCGUGAAACAAAUUUAUGAUGUAUUGUCACGAUCAGAUGGAAAGAAGAUCUAUUUGCAUGAGUUGAUAGAAGGAAGUGAUCUAUGUUUACCAGAAGUCAAACCAAAACCUAGGGAUGCAGAGCUUGAAGCAAGAUGUCAGAAACUGCGGGCACAGUUGGAAAACAAAAAGUAUGAGGAGAUGGUCAAAAAUAUUGAUAGAUCAAAAACGGAUUACUACUCUGCUGGCAGAGAUGUGAAAGAAAUGAACAGGCAAUUGGUUUCUGUGUUCAACUUUAUUGUAACUGUGGGUGGGGCGUUUGCUUUUGGAUACAAGGCAACGCAAUAUACAUUUAGUGGGUACAGCAAUGUUUUUGCCCUGCAACUGAUGGCUGGUCUCACCCUGGCAACUGUAGUUUUCUUCGCAGAUCUGUACUUUCUACUGAAGGAGUCUAUGUGACGACAGUCCGACAUCUUGGAGAAGGACCUACAUUACCACAAACAAUGCUGGAUAUAAGCUAGAAGACCUUGGGUUCAUAGAUAAUUCUUUAUCCAGAUAUAAGGACUUGAAGUUUGAUCAUGUAUUGGAAGACUUGACUAAAAUCCCUUACUAAGGCCGGGGAAUUGGUCUAGGGAGCAGCCAUGGAGCACAGCUUGUAGAAACUAUUCUUGUAACAAAAUAAACACAAUAUUUUUAGGGAUUUCCACUAAUUCUGAUGGAUUCAUGGUUAACUGAAUCCAAAUAAAUAAAAGUAAUUUUAUAUGCAUCAAAUUUGAAAAACACUUUUUUCUGACCCACAAAAUAGGUAUUUUUGCGUGAACAAUGAAAUUUUAAAUAAAAAUGUGUGAAUUUGGUUGUCUUUUAGCUUGAAAUUAAUAAGGUCACUUUUUUGCAUUUUUGUUAAGAUUGAAGAUAGCCCGGUUCUUUGAGUGUCAUGCAUUCAAGCAAUUUAUUUUAUAGACUAGCAAAUUUUCAGCAAAGACUACCAGUGUAUAAAUUGUACAUUGGUUAGAAUCUCGCUUUUUUUGUACAUUUUAAUUGAAAUAGUAGUAUCUAAUUAUAAAUCAUUCCGUGUGAUAAAUUGCUAAUUGAUUAGCUUCAUGAAUGUACAUUCCACAAGACAGCAGUUCUGGGAUAUGGAGCACAAAAGCAUUUUUUUUUACAGAAUUGGUUAAGGUGUGCCAAGAUGCACAAAAAAUGAGAAUUUCAGAUCAAAAAGUCGGCAGUUCAGACAACACUAUUUCAGGUCUGAAUGAACUGUUCAUAAACUGGCAUGCAAUAUUGUUAGAAAUUCUAUGGAAACUUGUAUAUAACGGAAUCUUUUCUUUAUAAUUAUAAAUUAACAGGAUGUUAUUUUCUAAGAACUUUUUUGAAAGUUUUUUGAAAUACAUUUGAAAAUGUAGACCUAUAUGUAUUUUAUGUUGAAUUAGUUUUGAUAGCCAGCUGUGCAAUAUUAUAAUAAUCAAUAAAGUUGA